GUCGGUCCCGACCUCCGGCGUGGCCCGGCGCCAGGUAGAGCUCCAGCACGGCCGCGGCCCGCCGCGGGAGCACGGGCUUGGCGAGGGCUUCGGGGAGCGUUUCGUAAUGAGGACGGGGUGUCACGAUGGAAGAGGGGGGGUUGGAGAGGUGUACGAAUCUGGGUGCGAGCGGGGGGGCUCCGCCGUCAGCGCGGUGGGCGCGGCCAUGCCCGAAAAGUGCACCUGUUCGGCGCCGCCCCGCAGGGGCGGCCGGGGCUCUGUGGGCGCAUUUUGGGGCGACCAUCGGGCCGCCAUCUGGGCGCCAGUUGGGCGCCUCGUGGGCGCCGCCAGGUGCGGGUGGCGUAAUCUGUGUGAGCUCCUGGCGGAGCAACAUCUUGUGCCGGCUAUGGCGUGGAAGUAUAACACACCGUGGUACGACGCGAAGAAGAAGAAGGGGGCCUCCGUGGCCCCUGCGGCCGCCGUGGCCGAGCCUCGCCCGCCUGCGACGGCCAGCGAGAUGGACAAGAAGGUGGCCGCUCGUCGCACUCAUUUGUCGAAGGAGGUCGAGGCAGCGUCGAAGAAGGAGCGCAUCUGCCAGUCCGAGGUCGAGAACCGGCUGGCCAGCGUGUUGCGGCAUCGCGAAGCCCUUCAGCAGGCUGACCGGGCCCACGCCGAGUCGGUGGAGCGGCUCGCGGAGGCGAAGGCGCGCUCUGCUGCGGCGCUGGCCGCGAAGGAUGGCUUCGACGAGGAGGCCUACCGCGCUGCGCUUCGUGAGGAGGAGCGCACCGAGGCUGCCGCGGCGGCCCGCGCAGCGGAGAUGGCCCGCGCCGCUGCCCCCCGGGCUGCGCCUGGGGCCGCCCCUCCGGGCCAGGCGGGUUUGCGCCCCCCGCCUGGCGGUUCCCCCGCGCCCGCCCCUGGCGCCGGCCAUGGGGAACCAGGAGCGCGUGCGGCAGGCGGCGGCUUGGGCGCUGCUGGCGGCCCACCGGGGGCCCCUGCUGGGCCUGCCGCGCCGGGCCUCACGGCUCUUGGCGGCAUCGAUUGGAGUUGGAUCCAGGAACACCUCCACGAGGUCUCUGAAGAAGGCCUUGUUACUUUCCACGGUCGCUCCCACCUCUCCCCGGAGCAGUGGCGGGAGAUGCGGAAGGUGGCCAUUCAGCAGCGUGCCGAGGUGGAGAUGGAGGCCGAUAUGGCUUCCGAUGCUGGCAGUGAUCUUGGUGAUCGCCAUCUUCCUGAAGGUGAGCUUGGUGAGCUGCGUGAGCUGCGCAAGCGUGCGGCAGAAGCAGGCCUUGAUGGCCCCGCCUCCGUGCGUUACGGCGAGCUCGUCAGCAAGCAGGCGGUGCAGCGCGCCGCCAAGAAGGCCAGGAGGAUUGUACAGCAUCAGAGCUCCCACACGUUUGUCGCUUUCUGUCAGGCGGCGGCCGCCCAGCUCGGUGCUUUCCCUGAGGCGUCGGCCGGUGGAGCCGCGCAGGCAGAAGACAAGCUCAGCGUCGAGUACCUUGUCGCACCUGAUGGUGUCCGACAGACUCCCGGCAGCAUGAUGGAGUACCGGAAGGAGUUUUGGAGUGCCCUCUGGACCCCUACUUCGGACCAUCUGAAGCUCCUGAAUGAGACCCUGGAUGAACUUCGGGCUGAAGCCCAGCUGGCGCUCCUGGAGGUUCCUGAGUUUACUCCCAAAGAUGUUGUGCAGGCCGCUUUGAGAUUUUCUGGAACGACGGCGGUUGGGGUUGAUCAAUGGUCUCCGCGCAGUUUCCUGGACCUGCCCGGCCAAGCCUUGUUCUCCCUCGCUGCCAUAUUCAACCAGUGCGAGAAGGUGAUGGCCUUCCCCCAGCAAUGCUACUUGAAUGUCAUGGCUUUGCUUCCGAAAUCUGAGAAAGAUGAGCGUGCUGUUUCUAAAUGUUCGACGAUGUACCGGAUGUAUGUGCGCAUGCGAGGUGAUGAUGUGGACGCUUGGAGU